UACUUUAAAUUUAAUGAAGCAGAUAAUUUCUAUCCCGGAAAUAAUGUAUUAGGCCUAUUAUUAAAAAAUUUAUGCUUAUUAACAGUUAAAAAGCCUGAUAACGAUAAUAUUAUGAAAGAAAUUCCUAUGAAAGAGCGUCAGCAAAUUUACUUGUUUCUUAGAAACUUAGUGUUCGAUGAAGACGGAAAUCAUGAGCAUUGGUUUAUAUAUAAUAGCAAAAAACAGCUUAUUGAUACGAUAAAUGAAUACCGUACCAUCAAUGAUCAUUCUAAGAAAAAUGAAAUUGAAGACUAUGCUUCAUCGCUUAUUCGUGAUGUUAUUAACAUAUUUUAUUUUCGAAGAUAUACAUGUGAACGAAUUAUAAAUUAUAUGUGGAUUAAAAAUAACGAGCCAAUAGAUCCUCUCUCUAUGAAUGAAGUUUGGGAUGACGAUGUCAACGUUGAUAAUAUGGUAGUUCAAUUUUGCUCAUUUCCACUUUUUGGAACGGAUUUAGAAAAUUUAGAUAAAAGACAAGCAUGGUUUCGAGCACACAUUGAACCACAUAAUGCAUUUACAUUAAGACAACGUGGAAUGACCCUUUAUAUGUUAUCAAUGUAUAAAAAUGCAUUGUCUGACUUAUCCAAAACACUAAUACCAGAAAUUAGAAGCAACGCAUUUAAUUCAAGUGAUCGUGAAGAAUG